AUAUUUAGAUUGUCUAGGCCGAACCGGUGUUGAAUCUAGUUUAUCUUGGGCUUCGUUUACUAGAUUCUCGUUAUCCAACAACAUUUACACCUCUAUAAUAUGGAAAAGGGUCAGACGUUUCGUAAACAGAAUAAAGAAAAAUUGCAAAAAGAAAGUCACAGUGAAAUCGAAAGGAAACGUCGUGAACGAAUGAAAUUAGAAACAGAAUUUCUACACCGUCAAGUACCACAUUCACAAUGUAAAGAUAAAUUAUCCAUUUUUCUUGCUGGAGCCGAACGACUUAUUCAUUAUAACAAUAAAUUAGGAAAAAGGGAAUAUAUCAUCAAUGAUGAAGAGUAUUCACGAAUUGUUAUCAAUACUAUUAAUGGAUUUGGUAUACAUGUCAAAUGUUCCAGUGGUGAAAUAUUAUAUGAAGAAAACUCUGAAAAAGUACUUGAUAUUCCUCAAAGUAGUUUUCUAGGCAAAACAAUUUAUGAUUUAGCUGAACCAAGUGUUAAUACAAAAAGAAUUAUCACUGAUAGCCUCAUGUUUUAUGGUUCAGAGAUGCAGCAAGCAAGAGAUGGACACCUCAUUUCACGAAACUUCAUCAUUGCCAUGCGUUGCGGAUCUGGUAUUCCAGUAAAAAAUUGUAUACGUGGUUCUGAUGGUCAACUGUAUCGAUUUAUAGAAUUCUGUGGAGAUAUUGUUUAUCAAAAUGAUAAUGAUUGUUCCGAAGCUUAUUAUUUAUUCCGUGGUGUCUGUCGCCCUUUGGACAUAGCCUGUCCAACUGUUCCCGAUAAUUCAUUUGAAAGACCCACUUCACCUAAUAAAACUAUCAGUUCUGAUCAUGUUACUUUACGGAUUGGAGUGAAUACUUUGUCAAUAACAGAAGUUGUUGGAAAUUCACUAUCAAUACUUGGUUGGGAUGCUAAAGAUUUGUUGGACAAACAUGUUGAAGAAUUUGUUACCAUUCCUGAACAAAAUAUUGUCACACACGCAAUACAAGAAACUGUUAAAAAUGGCUUAUCUACAAUAUUUAUUAAUUGGUUAAACCAUGGGAAAACAAAGUCAGUGUACUUGAAAGCUGUGUUUACAGCCAUCCAAUUGAAUACCUUUCUUUACUGUAUUAUCUGCAAGCUAUAUUCAACUGAAUAUCCUGCGUUAACUCAAUCCAAACCAGAACCACAGACACCGGUUUUCAAAUCACCAGAGUACUCAGAAUUACAAGUAACUAAUAACGAAACAAUUGCUCCAUUUGACUGGAACGAUUCAUUUAACUACAACACUACAACUAAAAUGAAAUCAACUGAAUUUUCAAUGGGAUCAUGUCAGCAUACAACUAACAACAGCACUGAUAAUACACCAAUCUGUAGACCUGAUACACUAAACGUUACAAAUGAACAUCAUAUUGAUCUAGCAAAAACCGAUGACGAUGGACAUUUUCAUGCUUUGGAUAUUCCUUACAGAUCUAUGCAGGAAACAAAUGGACAAUGUUCAGUAACUAGUAUAUCCAAUAAAAAUGACACAACGCAUAUUGUUCCAUCUACAUGUACUUAUGGUGAACAUUUUGAAACACUUCAACAUCCUAUUUUCUCUCUUGAUGCAGAUGACAUAAUUUCUGUUGAAACUAAUCAAACAAGUGACUCCAAAUACUUGCCAGACAAUACAAAUGACUUGAAGUACAAUAAUAACGAUGGACAAGAUUGGCGCCAACUUCCAUUGAAUACUAGUUUCAGUAGUAUGUUUUCUGAAAGUGGACUACCUGAAUUAUUCAGUUCUGAUUAUAUAAAAGAUUUGAUUGAAGAAGAUGUAACCGACCUGUGAUGUUUUUCUUGUUUCAAUAAUUUCAAAACCUUUACUACCUAUGAAGUAUGUGCAAUCAUCCUUUUUUAAUUUUAAAACUCGAUUACAGAAUAAUUAUUAUUUUUCAAACGACUGAUUUCACUGACUGCAUAAUUAUCCUCUGUACAACAUACAAAAAAUAUUCUUGUGAAGUAAAAAUUCUUCAUUUCCUAAUAUAUUUUGUAUUAAAUGAUCUUGUGAAUGAUAUUUGCAAAUUAUUUAAAUGGAUUAAAAACAGACAAUAUGAACUACCUUUACUACUGGUCUGUUGCCAUAUAAAUGUUACUACCAGACUUGAAGAAGUAUGUUUAAUGCUCUUCUAAUUAUUUGACACAUGUAAUUACGAUAGAUUAAAAGGAUAAUGAUUCAUAGGCUCAAAUCUUUAAAACCAGCAGAAUAUGGUGUAAAGGGGUUGGUUAACCAAUAAGGUCGGGAGUAGAUGAUGAACUUUCAAAAUGACUGAGAGUAUGACACAUGGAAAAGAAGUUGGAUUAGUCUCGAUGGUCUUACUGGUACGCAAGCUUGACUGUUAAGCUUAAGGGAAGACUCGUUCACGUCAGUCAGGCACAAAAUGCUGAUGGACACUCAUUUGAUUCUGAACCACUAAAAA